UUUAAAAAGAGACGCACCUCAGAAGGCUGCAUAGCUCUGGGUAGAACACACCAGAGACCCUCAGACCCUCACGUUCUCCUUCCAGAGAGAUACAGCAUCAUGAACCACUUGCUGCUGUUGGCUUUGUUCUUCUCAGCUGUUGCUGCAAGGCUUCCAGUAAAGGAAGAGCGAGGUGGGCCACCACAAAAUUCAGGUUGGCCCCAAUUUGAUAAUGAGCAAAAGGGAGGAUCAAUGGGCACAGGUAGACCAAUGGGAGGAUCAAUGGAUUCAGACAGACCAAUGGGAGGAUCAGUGCAUCCAGUUAGACCAAUGGGGACAGGGGAAAGGAAACCCCAUCUGCCAGGGAAAGAGAAAAGGCCACGCAGGUCUCAGGAGUACCUCAGACUGUGGCCUUGGCUUGGAGACAUGGGCAGGGAGGGAGAAGAUCUUCAGGAAUAUUGGGAACAGGAAAGGAACGGCAGGCAGCCACCCAUGCAGCCUUCUGAACAAAGGGGCCGCCCAAACGAGCUACCAGGGGGCCCAAUGCCAGGUCGUCCCAACCCUGUUAAUCAUAAGAAAUUCAUCCCCAUCUUCAAGGCAAAUAACGUGACCCUCCAGAAUGCCAGCCUGUACCAUUUCAAAGAGGGUGAAAACGUCUUUCUCCUGCCCAAGGAUCACGCAGAAGGUCCUCACCCAAAGGGAUGGGCAAAUGCACCACUGGAGAUGGGGUAUGGAUAUGGAUAUUAUGGGCUUCAGCCAUACCUGAAGGUUUACUUUAACUCCGCAUCUCCGCAAACAGUUUCAUUCGAAUAUGGGAUUGUAAGCCCUUUGCCGGCAUUCUUAAAGGACGACCUUGACUUUUAUGCUGACGGCUAAGAUGUUGGAAAGACAGAAUCAUCGCCUGAAGGAAAUCUAACGAAUAAAAACCUGAAGACAAUGAAUACCUAAUUGAAAAUGCUUAAUGGCUUGAGUAGUCAGAUACGUAUAGUCAGAUGUAUGCUAACAGUUUUGGCUGGGAUUGAGAGAGUUUGGUGUUGGGGAAUAAUAGCUAGUCCUGUUUAACGCAUGUGUAUCUCAAAAGCUCAUUUAAUUGUAGGCAUUAAAACUUUCUGCAAAGCACAUAA